GUAUAUUUCACGGCUUAAUUAACUUGUUAAUGGCUUUGAAGCAUUUUGUGGUUUUCCUAAGGAAAUCACUUUAUUCUAAUGAGUGAGUUUGAGAAAGCAGAGAGGUCGAAAACUUGACAUGUCUCGAUUGGAAAAGGAAUUCCAUUUCACAAAGCUCCUGUUGAACAUGGAGGUGAAUCAGGAAGUUUUAACUCUCUCUUUCCCUAGGUGAGGCUCAAGUAUAUCUGAGUGCUGUACUAAAGGAUUCUACAGUAUGUGAAGGUGAAGACGGAAGGGCUGUAUAAACUGAAUCACUGGAGAGGGAGAACUGUUGGAAGCCAUGAGAUGGCUGCAAAACCCAAGAAAGGUUUAAAAGGUUCCAUCCAGGACAUGCUCAGUGACCUCCUGGGAGAUGAUGAUGAAACCCCCAUUAAAUCCAACAAGCCUUCCCAGCACUGUGGGGGCAGUGGAAGGAGAUCUAGGGAUAUCGUCUCCAAAGUCAGCAAAAACUCCGUUUUGGAGGAUGGUGUCUUCAGCAAGAUGGCUGCAGAGGAGGGUGCAGGAGCAGAGGGAUCCGACCUCUCAGAUGUAGACCCACAAGCUUUGCUGGAGACCCUGAAGGAGAUGGAUGACAUGGAAGCUGAUCUCCUAGGCAUAAAGAAGUCUAGUUCUGGGGCUGGGAGGACAAUGGCAAAGGGUUCCGAGAAAUUUGACUCCUCAGGUGAUCUGGCAAAAACUUCAGGGAAGCUAACGACUGUUGAGAAAAGAGAGUCCACCACUGGAAUUGAAAAGAAACCUCUCUCCACUCCCACCACCCCCCAGCGGCAGUACAAGAAGUUUUCCUUUGAAGACGAUGAGGAUGAGUCUAAAAAGCAACCACAUUUAGACGAUCCUUUGGCAGGGCUUUUAUCGGAUGAGGAGGAAGAUGCUGUUAAGAAGUUACCUCCAACAGGCACCAAAAGUAGCCCUGAAAGACAUACUGGACCAGCCAAAGUUCCUGGCCAUGCUGUUGCUCCCGUGCGGAGGAGAGAGGAGCUGACAUUUGAAGAUGAUGGGGAUGACCUGAUGGACGCUCUGGGGUUUGGCGAGAGUCCGAGGGGAGAGCUGAAGCAGGAGAGAAAAGGAGAAGAGGAAGAGCCCCGCCCUGCCCGCUCCAAGCUGGAGGAGUUGUUGGGCAAUGGGACCGCAGCCAAACUCCUGGAGCGACCGAUUAUGGGAGAACGCAAGGAGUUCAAACUGGAUACAAAAUACCAACAGCAACCUGAUAAGGAAACCAUUUGGGGCGAUGAGGAUUUCACCUUCGGGGCCUACCAGCCCACCCUGGCCUCCACACCUGAGGGCCGGCAGUCAAGACGACAGCCUGUCAGGUUUUCAGCAGAGAAUAUCAAUGAACUGAAAAUGGACCAAAGGUCCAAACCAACCACUCCAGCCACCACAAGCCCCAUGCGAGGCAGUAAGACUGGCGCUGACUGGCUGGGCUUGAAAGAUGAGGACUUUAUUGAUUUGGACCCUCCAUCUCCAGUCAGGGACGCCACCAAAGGUAGUCCUGCAACAGCCUCUUUGAACACACCGUCCAGCUCCUCAGCCACCAAGCAGCCCAGUCCAGCCAGCCAGCUCCUUCCUGGGACAAAGUCAGCUGCAGAGGAAGCAGCAGCGAAACCCAGACCACUUGAGGAGGAGGAGGAUAGCUGGCUGAAUGACGCUUUGUCUCAAAAGAAAUCCCAGUUGCAGGGGAAGGUCAAGGAGAAAAGGACUGGGCCCUCGGGCUCCCUGAGACAGGACGACGAGGUGGACACAAUUACUGUUACCAGCCAACCAGCUCCCUCUGUGAGAGAACCUCGGCGGUCUGCUGUCCCAGAAGAUAAGUCCACCAGGAUGGAAGACUCAGGGUAUCCUGUUCCAUGGCUAACCACUCAGAAACAAGCCUCAUCUCUUACAUCUGAGUCUGGGAAAGGGGCACGUCCUGGAGACACCAGUAAUGCCGCUUCUCUCCAAGGACAUCCAGAGGGUCUUGGGUUUCCCACACUAACUCAGGUUGCCAUGUCUGGGGCUCCUCUCCAGCAGGUUCCAUUGCCACAGCAGCUCCUGCAGGCCGAGCCCCUGGCCCUGAGCUUGCUGAAUGCCAGUGAGUACGAGAAGAGGCUGGUGGCUUUGCAGGCACAGCUGAAGGAGAAUGUGGCAGGGCACCAGGCGGAGCUGCUGAGUGCCCAGACUCGCCUCGCCGAGCUGGAGAAUCAGGUGCGGAAGCUGGAGCUGGAGAGGAGUCAGCAGAAGCUGCUCCUGGAGAGUCUACAGCAGCGUCAUCAGGAAGACUUGGAGCUCAUUGAAAAUGCACACAGGAGCCGUGUGAAGUUGAUGGAGGAAUCUUCUCGGCAGCGGGAGGCGAGGCUGCGGCAGGAGAAUGAGGAACUGGCGGCACAGUACCUGUCCCACUGCCAAAACGCAGAGCGGGCCAAGUCGGAGCUCCUGGCACAGCAGCAGCGCAGGCUAGCAGAGCUGGAGCAGGAGAAGGUCCAGGAGGUGGAGAGGCUGCGGGAGCUGCAGCGAGCAUCCAUUCUAGAGAUGCGCAAAGACCACGAAGAGCAGCUACAGAGGUUGAAACGACUGAAAGAUCAGGAGAUUGACGCGGUAACCAGUGCUACCUCCUAUACCAGGUCUCUGAAUGGCGUCAUAGAGCAGAUGGAGAAGUUUUCCAGUAACCUGAGUGACCUCUCCUAUAAGGUGGAGGCUACUCACCACAACACGUCGCAGGAGCUUGAGAUUGGAGCCCGUCAGCGGGACGAACAGCUCAGGGUGCUGCAGGACAGACUGACACGACAACAGAGGGACAUGGAGGAGGAGCGGAGCAGGCUGCAGGAGGUCAUCGCUAAAAUGGAGGCCAGGCUGAGUGAGCAGACUCGUCUCCUUGAGCAGGAACGCUGGAGGGUGACAGCAGAACAAUCCAAAGUGGAAUCUCUACAGCGCUCGCUAGAGGAACAGCGGAGGGUGAUGACCCAGCAGCUGACCAUGGAGAGGGAAGAGCUGGAGCGGGCAAAGAACGUCUUGCUGGAGGAGCAGAAGUCGGUCAUGCAGAAGUGCGCGGAGGAGCGUCGAAAGCUCGCUAUGGAGUGGUCGGAGUUCCACACCCAGCAGAAGCUGAGCAAGGAGCGGACAGAGCGUGAUGUUGACCGCGCCCUGCAGAUAGACUCCCAGAGGGAAGGGGCCAUCAUGACCCUGGCAAAGGAACAAGCAGAUCUGAAAAUCCAGGCCAGUGAGCUGAGGGCUAAGGAGGAGCAGCUGGCUAGAGAAAGGGAAUCUGUGGAGCAAGAGAGGCAGGAGCUGAGGCUCGAGAAGGAAAGGGUUAAUGCAGCCGCUUUGCACAUCAAACAGAGGGCAGAGGAGAUUGACAGCAUGAGCAAGCUGUCCUCGCAGAAGUACGAGGAGGGAGAGAGAGCCCUGCUAGAGGCGAAGAAGGUGGAGUCAGAACAUCAGAUGAGGCUGUGUACCGUGCAGCAGCGGCUGGAACGGCUGAGGCAGCAGGAACAGCACCUGCACCAGGAGCGCCAGAACCUGGCUCAUCAAAGGAGACAGCUUGAACAGCUGCGAGAGGAGCUUCCGAACAGCCCGGUGCAGUUCCUGACCAAGCCCCGGGUGCCACACCCAGGUGUUCAAACCAAGAGCCUCUCCACCACGCACUAUUUCCCCCCUCCUGUUAUUGACUUACCUUGGCACAACUCUGGCAGUAUGGGGGGCACCCAGGGCACAGCAGGAGCGGGACCUGCUGAGUUGUAUGCCAGACUAGUGCUGCUGAAGCACACAGCUGAGCGGGACCGGGAUUUCUUGGAAGAUGAGCAGUUCUUUCUAGAGACCCUGAAGAAAGCUUCCUACAACAUGUCAUCCCAGACAGCAUGAGGAGUUUAGCCCCACGUGCAGCACUGGUUGAGCUGGCGUUUUCUACAAAGACGAUGGGAGAUUUUUUAAUUUAUAAUCUUGUUUAAAAAUCCAAAAAUGAAUGGCUGGAAAAAUAUAAAUAGUGAGAUACAUUCAGUCAGGCAGCAGCUAGUUCAAAAAAAAACACAACAAAAAAAACCCCUUUGCAUGUGAAUUUUUAACUAUGUCUGACUGAGAGCCCUACAGCCUAAAGUCUUCUAUUACUUCAGCUGUGAGCCCUUCAGAGCCUGGGUGGUCUUUUCAUUAUGCCCAUCUCUCUCUCUCUCUCUCUCUCUCUCUGUUUUAUGCUGUUGCCUAUCGCCAUAGUGUUGAAGCACCUUCCGCGUACAACAGCCUGGCAACAGUGAAGUCCUUAGGGGUCUCCAUGGAGUCACUGGCCCAUGUGAGAGCACCUAGCAAUCUGUGUACACACCACCAAGAACAGGUGCAGCAUGGGCUGAACCACUGCAAACUUUCAAUGUAUUGCCCUGCUGCAAUGCCUGUCAUGACUAGCAGGGACCACCGAACACCAUUGCCUGCUCCUUCCCCAAGGCUCCCCCCUUACCCUGCCCCCACUUACUCCAGCCUCUCUCCCUCCAUCACUCGCUCACCCCCACGCUCACUCACUUUCACUGGCAACCCUAUCCGCUGGACCACGGCUGUGUCCAAGGCUGGAUGGUGAGUGAUAAGGGAGGAGUGAAGGAGACAAGAAGGAACCAAGUUUUCGUGAUUUAGGAAUAGUUCACUUCUACUGCAUCUCAGUGUCUUUGAUGCUCUGCUCUCUCCCUUUCAUAGCAAUCAUGGGCUUGCAACCUAACCUGACCUGAACCCAACAACAACUGACUUCAAGUGCUAGUGUGACAUGACGGUACCCAGGGGUGCGAGGCACCUUGCUACCCCCUGCCUUUAGCAUGAGGAAGCCUGAUCUGUGCCGGAGGGUCAGCUCCCCAACCCUGGCCAAGGGCAACAAAAGCACUUCCUUUUUUGGUAGUGAAAAUAAGUAACAGUUUAUUUAAUGAAAUAUAGUCAUGUAGUAACAAGUAGAAGUUUUG